GCGCCACAGCUGAUAGCCAAAACACAAACACAAAAGACGCGCAAUUUUUAUAGUCUUGAGGAAAUCGAGGAUUUAAGGAUGAGCUUUGCAAGAGGGGAACAGGAAAAUGGAGCGGGCCAGUUCAGAUUUCCUGAGAGCUGGAAGGACAAUGCCAGAAUGCAGGUGAAGUUCGCCAUGUUCCGAUCGCGACAUCUGGACACUGAGGAUUACGACGCAAAAAUGAAAUUCUGGACGGACCUGAUCGCGAAGUACUUAAAGUUUUGCGGCAGACCCAUCUUCAGUCUGAGGGAUCUGCAACUGCAGUUCAUGCGGGGUGACCAAUUGCCCGCCUGUUUGGACACCGUCAUAUCCGAGAUGCAGCAGACGAAAAAGAUCCGGUCUCGCAGUGAAUUCGAGCAGGAUCCGGCGAAUUCCUGGAGCGGCUGGCUGGUCAACAGCCUGGUAAAGCGACCCCUCUCAUGGAGCUGGUCUAAGAUCAAGCACAGCGUGGUUGGGGAGGAUCUGGAGGCCUCCUCUUUACUGGAAUGGAUUCACCUUGAUGUCUUAAACACUACUUGCGACCUCAUAGCAGAGAAAGUCUUAUCGGAAAACAGCGGGAAACUCCUACAUUUCGAGGCCUUCAAAUCCCUUUGCAAGGCUCAACAAGUGCGCAUCUAUUCAGACAAAGAUUUCUGCGUUUGCUUGCUGGCCUUAAAUGUUCGCCAAAUCGUUGGUCUGGAAUUUAAAAUGGAAAAGGGAGUACGCCAAAUUCAUUUGAUCAAAAUUCCAAAAAAAGAAGGCGAUGAUCUCAACAUAAGCCAAGAAGAUCAUGCCGUCCACAAUCUCCAGAAUACGCAGGCCCAGUUACUCAAGCAAUUAGAAGACCUGGAGGAAGAAAUCAAGGUAAACGAUGAAAAAGCACGUCAGUACUUGAAGGAAAACAAGCGGCAAUUGGCCAAGACAUACCUACGAAAAAGGCACCUAUUGGAGAAGAAUCAUGAACGUCGAAGCCUUGCUUUGCACAACAUCGAAUCUCUUUUGUGCAGCGUGGAUGAGGCUCAAAACAGUGGCGUUGUUCUAGACGCCUACAAAAUUGGCUCAAAUACCCUUAAGAAGGUGCUUUCGGAUUCUGGUUUGAAGUACGACAACGUCGACGAAGUUCUGGCCGAUGUGCGGGAUACUCUCGACCAGCACCGAGAAGUUCAGGACGUCUUGUCCACUAGCUUUGCGGAGGGAGUGAGUCAAGAGGAGGAUCAACUGGAACGGGAGUUACGGGAUCUGUGCGGCGAGUCAUCGCCAGCUACCUUCAGACCACUCAUCAAUAACAACGAUAAGACGGAGGUUGUGAUCACUGAUGAGGAGAUGAUUGCCAUGCUGCAAGAUCUGGAGGUUGAGGAUGGAACUGUGUCCCAAAUGAGUACCAGAACUGUGAAAGCUGUACAGGGGCUUUAAAAUUCGUUUAAAUAUGUAUUUGUUGUUCUUUUUAAUGGCAUGUGAACUGUUCUUUAACUUAAGUUAAUAAAUGAAAUGUAAACUAUU